AUGGUUACCACGAAAUGGAGACAACAACAACGACAGCGUGAGAGCAUGACUUCAGACUUCAGCGACAAGGACACGGACGAGAAGCGCGAAUUCAACCAUGUCGAUGAAGCCAAGGAGGAUACUAUGGUCGAGUACACACCAGUCGAGGAGCGCAAACUGGUGUGGAAGCUAGACCUCAUCCUCAUCCCGUUUGCAAUGAUGCUCUACAUGAGCGCCUACCUCGACCGUGGUAACUUGGGUAACGCGCGUCUCAUGGGCCUUGAGAGUGACACACUCGAGAACAGCGACACCAACUACUCGAUCGCCCUGGUUUGUUUCUACAUCAGUUACAUCGUCUUCGCAAUCCCGGGCACUUUGGCCAGCAAAUACAUGCUGCCGUCGACAUCUCUAGCCAUCGGGUGCGCGUUGUGGUCCAUUGCAGCCACAUGCAUGACCGCUACGUUCAACCCUGCUGGAGUGUUUGUGUGUCGUCUUUUUGUCGGCUUGGGCGAGGCUAUGUUUGGCCAGGCUGUCGCUCUGCUUUUCUCGUUUUGGUACACCAAGCCGGAGCUCGCAAAGAGAGUAGGCAUCUUUAUCUCUGCCGGUUCGCUGGCGGGAGCGUUCGGCGGCCUCAUCGCAUUUGGUAUCAACUCGAUCCCCAACGCCAAGAUCCACCAAUGGCGAGUUCUUUUCCUCAUCGAGGGUCUCCCGGGACUGAUCCUUGCGGCCGCAGUCUACCUCUACCUCCCCACCUACCCGGAUGCCAAAUCGCGCUACCUUUCAGACCGCGAUCGGGAAGUCGCCGCAGCCCGCAUGGCCAAGGAAAGCACCAAUGAAGGGCACAACGGCAUCGACAAACGGGCGCUCAAGCGUGCCUUUUCCGACUGGAAGGUGUACGUCGUCGCUUUCAUGUACAUGAGCAUGAACGUCAACCUCUCCAGCGUAGGAGGAUUCCUGCCCACGAUCGUCAAAGGGUUAGGAUACACGGCUGCUCGUGCCCAACUGUUCACCGUUCCUCCAUACGCCGUCGCGCUGGCGGUAACCGUCAUUGUGUCCACCAUCUCCGACCGCCUUCAGAGCCGUGGGGUACCGCUUGCCCUGACGUACUGCAUCGGCGUUGCUGGGUGGGGCAUUCUCUUAGGUCUAGAUGCUGCCAGCAAGUCGUCAUCCGUUCUGGGCGCACGUUACUUUGGGGUUAUUUGCGUUGUCGCCCCUGCGUACGCGACUAUCCCCCUGCAACUGUCCUGGGUUGCCAGCAACAGUCCUGCCCAGACCCAGCGCGCCGUGGCACUCGGUAUGCUCAACACCAUUGGACAGUGCGGCAGCAUCGUUGGGUCGUUCAUCUUCCCUUCCAAAGAAGGCCCGCAGUAUAUCCCUGGAGUGGCAGUCAACAUUGCUUUCCAGUGCUUUGGAGCAACCGUCGCGAUCUUGAUGACGCUUUACUACCGGUUCGAAAAUGGCCGCCGCGACCGGCUCGAGGGCGGUCGCCCUGAGGAUUCGAGCAACUUGAAUGUGCAGGAAGACUUUGACCGUGCAAAGGGCUUCCGUCACACUUCUACUGUUGCUGGAAAGUCUUAUGAGUUCAAGACCUAUGGCGAGUACACCGUCGCCGACCUCUCGGCCGGCCAUUACUGCGCCAACGGCCCCGACUUUGCCGCCCAGGGCUUCAAGGCUGGCGACAAGGCAACGCUCAUAGUCGUCUACCAGGCCGAUGGUUCCCCGGGGAAGGGCUUCAACAAGCGCUGGAACUUCCAGUGUGCCGACGUCAAGCUCGUCGACAACUGGAAUCAGCCCGAGGGCUUCAUGUGCGGCAACUACUAUGCGACCAACGAGACCCACGUCAAGGCUGCCGACAAGGCCAUGGAGUUCACCAUCUCGCCGUCGUUGCAGCCCAACGCCGGUCAGGGUGGUAGGCCUGCCGCCGUCCUCGCCAAGAUGGAGCCGUCCAAGGCCAGUGGCAUCGGUGCCGGUGUCACUGCCGGUGUCUUCCUCCUCGCCAUCGGAGCCCUCUGGGCCACUGGCUUCAUGCGGUUCGGCCGCAAGAAGUCGGUCGCUAUCCGCGACGACGCUUCGUCGGCCUCUUCGGUCUCUAUCAAGCAGGUUCGCAACUAA